ACUAUAGGUCAGUAAGCGCACGCUCUCCAAACUCUUCCUGUAUUGCUUUAUAGUAUAUGACAGAGCGGCGUUAUGGGGAGAUAACUGCGGUUUGUGUUAAUAAAACCUUCGCUUUAAGCUGCAGAUGUGGAGCAGAGUAUUGAACCCUGGUGUGAUUGGCAAAGGAAGUAUUUCUUGGAGGAGUCUCUUUACUAUGCGGCUGAAGACCAGCGAGUUCCAGUGUCUGCUCUCUGAUGGGCUGAAUGGAUUAGCAGAGGUGUUUGCGAAGAACCAGCAUGAGCUGAGGAUAGCAGGAGGUGCUGUACGGGACCUUCUGUCUGGAAAGCGGCCUGAAGAUGUGGACUUUGCCACCACAGCCACUCCAGAGGAGAUGAAGGACAUGUUCCAGUCUGCUGGGAUCAGAAUGAUCAACAAUAAAGGAGAGAAGCACGGGACUAUUACUGCAAGACUACACAAUGAGAACUUUGAGGUGACCACACUGAGAGUGGAUGUUCAGACAGAUGGACGUCAUGCAGAGGUAGAAUUCACCACUGACUGGCAGAAAGACGCUGAGCGGAGAGACCUCACCAUCAACUCCAUGUUUCUAGGUCUUGAUGGCACAUUAUAUGACUAUUUUAAGGGAUAUGAGGACCUGCAGAACCGGAAAGUGCGGUUUGUUGGGAGCGCAGAACAAAGGAUUCAAGAAGACUACCUGAGAAUACUGCGAUAUUUCAGAUUUUACGGCAGGGUGGCUUUGGAAGCUGACGACCACGAGCCAGAGACACUGACCGCCAUCAGGGAAAAUGGUCGCGGACUGGCAGCUAUAUCAGGAGAACGAAUUUGGAUGGAACUGAAGAAGAUGGUGGUUGGUAACCACGCUGGUCCUCUGAUGGAGCUGAUUUAUAACCUGGACCUGGCCCAGUACAUAGGUUUACCUCCAGAUGGCAACAUUGAUGAGCUGAAGCGAGUGUGGCGGAACGCUAAGGAGCACUCACCAAAACCCAUGACCAUCCUGGCUGCUCUGUUGCACUGCCCAGAGGAGGUGGAAAAGAUGGACAUCAGGCUGAAGGUGUCCAGAGAGGAGAAGUAUCUGGCUCUGUUCCUGGUCAAAAACAGACGGGAGCUCUGCAAGAGUGAAGAUGAUCCGGACAGCCUGAAACCUUUCACUGACUUUAUUGUUGACAGUCGGGAGUUGGAUUCCCAGAGUAAAAUCUGCGAGCUGCUCAAGUACCAAGGUGAACACAAGCUGCUGUCAGAACUGUGCCAGUGGUCCAUCCCUCGCUUCCCCAUCAGCGGUCACGACCUGAGGAAGAUGGGAGUCAGGUCGGGCAAGGAGAUAGGCGCCACCUUGCAGAAGCUCCGCGACAUCUGGAAGAAAAGUGGCUACCAGAUGGACAAAGAUGAACUCCUUGCAUACGUAACACCUUAAAUGAGCAGAAAAGCAAAUGUGUUUUUGUGCUUCAGACAAAAAUAAAACUUGGACAAAUGAUGCUGUCACUGUUUGAGCAGUACGAUGCUUAUUGUUAAUAGACAAUACAAAAAGUAAAUGGCUGCUGAUGAAUGUCAUUUCAGCCUAAAUUACCCUUGGGCCCCUUUUGUUCAUUUGCAUUGCUGUGGAAAUCUGAAGAGAUUACUCGGUGUGUCUUGCAGCUGACAUCAUAUGACAAAAUGUGUACUGGAAGCAUAUUUCGCCGUAUGGAUAACCAGACAACUGUGUGAUCUGUGGAAAUGGUAAAAUUGGUACUAUGCCAGGGCUCAGACAAAUGAAAUCUUCAGUUUUUUCGCAUGUUCACUCUUUGGGCUGAUGCUAUGAAUGAAGAUGAAACAUGUCAGCAAGAAUCUGUCAUUUAGAGUGGAUUAAAAUAUCAGAGCAGUCA